CCAACCAAUCAAAAGUUUGACAAACAAUAUCCGUUAUACAACUCCAUACUUCCGCUAAACAAGGUCAACACUCUUCUAGAAUAUUGCGUAAAUAUCUUUUUUAACCUCAGCAGUUCUUAAAAAAAAAUGCCAAGACGCAGGUCAUCCCCAGCUCCUUCACCGAGCCGUGCCCCUGCACCACCCCCAAGACAGACAGCCCCAGCGCCGGCUCCUCAGCACUACCCACCAGCCCAAGUGCAGCCCAAACAACCUGGGCUUUUGGCCAACAUGGCAGCCACUGCUGGGGGUGUGGCUGCAGGCUCAGUGAUUGGACAUGGUAUUUCACACGCAAUUUGGGGUGGCAGUGGCAGCAGUCAGCAACAAGCGCCAGCACCAGUCCAACAGUACCAACCUCCAGCUCAACAACAACAGCAGCCAUCAGCUUGCCAGUAUGAGCUUGACCAGUUCUUGAACUGCUCCAAGCAACAGUCCGACCUCCAGCUGUGCUACGGCUUCAACGAGGCACUCAAGGAGUGCAAGAUGAGAUACAAUAUGCCCUGAAAAUCGAAGAGGAACUCAACAUCAUGUGAUAUUAACGACUUUAACACCAGUGUGAUGAUACAUCAAAACAGUGAAACAGACUUUCAGUGGAAUUCUUUUUUGCAUUUACAGAAUAUAAAGAUUUGGGCCCUAUUAAACACCUGUUAUAAUUUUAGCAUGAACAUUAAUGUUGUGAAUGUUUUUAAUCUUUCAAUUUAUGUAAACAAUUUCUUGUAACCCCUGUUUGGUAAAAAAUAUUUUUAUGCUGUAUAUCAAAUUAUAAAAUAAUUCUCCUAGUGUCAGUACUUUAUUUCUAUCAAGUUAUCGUCAAAAAAUUCUGUAUCAACAUCCGGUUUGCAGAUAUUUUGUUAUAACAGUCCCAAUCAAUGUUAUAGACUGCACAGAAACCUGAUAGUACUUGUGUUAAUUUGCUGAAUAAACGAGACCAGAAUUGUU